AUGCGCAGUCCACGCCUCGCGGACGGUGGCUCUGGCCGUGGCCCGGCCGGGCAUGUUUUCCAGGCCGCCCUUGGGGCACGCGGCGGCGCUCCGUGCGCAGCAGCUGUCAGUCGUUGCGCUCGCACGCCCGAUGGGCCUCGCAGGGAGCGCGGCUCCGCCGUUCUGGCACGGGUUCUCUCCCUGCAGGGAUGGCACUGCUGGUCUCCAUCGGCGAUCGACGAGAGCACCGCGGAGGCCGCCUCGCGAGGACGGGCGCGAGGACGGUUGGACGCCGCCUCGAUCGACGAUGAGUCGUCCCCGCAGGCUUCUGCUGCUCUCCAAUGCCUCGGGCGUCCCCAGGCUAUCACAUCCCGCGGUGAUGUGCGAGCCCUGCGGGCACAGUGCCGGUGCUCGUUUGUUACACUCCGGUGGGCCGCUCUCUUCACGGGGAGCCCAGCGAGCGUGGAGCCCCCGAAUUUUCGCCAGCUUGGACCAACGUUUCACGCCUGUGUCCAAGAAGGCUGCCAGCAUUUCGGCCAGAAGGCCGUGUUUGGUCUGCCGGGUUCUGUUUCCACGCGCCCAUGGAUGGCCAUUCUCGUCUGCUGA